AUGAUGCCUGUCGAGAACAUCCGCAACAUUGCUAUCAUCGCCCACGUCGACCACGGAAAGACCUCACUUGUGGAUAAGCUGUUGGCACAGUCUGGAGAGGCGCUUGGAUCGACUCGUGUUAUGGACUCUAACGCCCUAGAAAAGGAGAGGGGUAUCACAAUUCUGUCAAAGGUCACUUCAGUCGUUUACAAACCUUCUGAUGACAAGUCUUUCAAGAUCAACAUCGUCGAUACCCCUGGACACGCUGAUUUCGGUGGUGAAGUAGAGCGGAUCUUGUCCAUGGUGGAUGGUGUCGCUUUGAUCGUUGAUGCCAGCGAGGGACCGAUGACUCAGACCAAGUUUGUUUUGAACAAGGCAUUGUCGAUUGGUCUUCGUCCUCUUGUUGUCCUCAACAAAGUCGACCGCCCAACCUCUCGUGUGGACGAAGUCGACGGACUGUUGCUGGAUCUUUUUGGAUCUUUGGGUGCGACCGACGAGCAGAUGGAUUACCCUAUUGUGUACGCUUCUGCCAAGGAAGGAUGGGCUACUCGCGGCAUGGACGAGCCUCGUGAGAGCAUGAAGCCUCUGUUUGAUUUGAUCGUCGACCACGUUCCUUCGCCUAAGGUCGACCGCUCAGAUACAUUCAAGAUGUUGGUUACGCAGAUCGACAGCAAUCCUUACCUUGGAAAGUGUUUCCUUGGAAAGAUUACUGGAGGUACGAUCAAGAUUGGUGACAAGAUGCAGGCAUUGAAUCCCGAGGGCAAGCAGACCGAGUCAGGACGUGUGACAAAGAUCUUUGUUCGUCGUGGACUGGAAAUGAUCCCAGUGAGCGAGGCUGGCGCUGGAGACAUUGUUACUCUUACCGGCGUUGCCAAUGCCACUGUCAAUUCGACCCUCUGCGACUUGACCGUUACUGAACCACUUCCUUCGAACCCUAUUGAUCCCCCAACCAUUGCUAUGAAAUUCUCUGUCAAUGACUCACCAUACGCAGGAGAGGAGGGCAAAAAUCUGACAUCAAACAUGAUCAGAGAGCGCCUGUUGAAGGAGGCCGAGACGAACGUUGCGCUGCAGGUCGUGGAGUCAGAUAACAAGGACGCCUUCGAAGUCCGUGGACGAGGAGAGUUGCAACUCGGAGUCUUGAUCGAGACCAUGCGCCGCGAGGGCUUUGAACUGAGUGUUUCGCCACCUCGUGUUGUCUUCAAGGAGAAGAAUGGAGAGCGCCUGGAGCCUGUUGAAGAGGUCACGAUUGAUGUUGCUACACAGUACACGGGAACGAUCAUUGAGAAGCUGAGCAAACGCAAGGCGGAAAUGAAGAGCUUUGAGGAGAACGGAGACAAGACCCGUAUCGUGUUCGAAUGCCCAACUCGAGGAUUGUUAGGAUACUCUGCAGAGUUCAAGAACGACACAAGCGGAGAUGGCACCCUGAAUCACACGUUCCUGGAAUAUGCACCCUUCAAGGGCGGUCUCGAGAGGUCGCGCAAGGGAAGCUUGGUCGCCAUGGGGACUGUUGGAGCCGCUACCUCUUACGCCCUGAACUUGAUCGAGCCCCGUGGAAAGCUUUUUAUCCGUCCUGGUGACAAGGUUUACGCUGGCAUGGUUAUCGGGGAGUCAUCGCGUGCAGGCGAUUUGGAAGUCAACCCAACUCGUGCCAAGCAGGUUACCAACAUCCGCACCGUGGCCAAAGACGAAAACAUCAUCUUGCGUCCACCAGUCGAGAUGAGUCUGGAGUCGAUGAUCUCCUAUAUCGCUGGAGAUGAGGUCUUGGAAGUGACACAGUCCUCGUUGAGAAUCAGGAAGCGUGAGUUGGAUGCCAACAAACGCCGUCAGAACCACCGCGCUGGCAGAGACUGA